AUGAAGCAGUCCUUGCACCGCCUCUUCAAGGAGGUUUUCGUCUUCAGCCCCGCCAGGAGGACCGGCGGCGGCAGCAGCAACCCGGGCGGCGGCGAGAGGGGGCGCCCCGCCGUUCGGCCUUACGGCGUGCGGGCCUCCGGUACCGGCGAGCUGAUCACGCACACGGGGCAGGUAUAUGAAGAAAAGGAUUAUAGAAGAGUUAGAUUUGUUGGACGUCAAAAGGAGGUGAACAAGAAUUUUGCAAUUGAUUUGAUAGCAGAGCAGCCUGUGAGUGAAGUUGAAAGCAGAGUGAUAUCAUGCGAUGGUGGUGGUGGAGCUUUGGGACAUCCUAAAGUAUACAUAAACUUGGACAAAGAUACAAAGACUGGAACAUGUGGCUACUGUGGACUUCAAUUUAAACAGAAACAUCACUGAAAGAUUAUCCCUGCACGCUUGCAGAUUUCUGUUCAGAUGUUAACAUUUAACUAUAAAUAAACAACAUAUUUAGAAACCCAA